AUGUUCUUCAACAGCUCUUUAUAUAGCCGCACUGAAGAUAUUACCCUCAAAGAGACCUUUGAGAACCACUUUCUCACAAUGGAGAGAAUUGGUGAGGAAAUCCAGUCUUAUCAAGGACUGUUUGAUCAGAGUUUCAGUGUCCAUGGCGACUGCUUUGGUGAUGAAGAAAUGGCUGUCGACCUCAUUGAUUUUAUAGCAAAUACUACUGAUGAUGCUGUGGUGCCUGAUUUCUAUGAGGACACCCCGAAUGAAUUACCAGCGACACCUCCUCCUACUGCUGUCACUGCAGAAGGGAAUGAUGAGCUGGAGUCUGUGAAACCAGGACUUUCCUGUUUAAAGGGUAGGAGCAGUCCAGCCUUGACUGAGACCACUUUCUUGGUAAAUGCAGAGGACGGCUUUGCUCUUGCACCUGUUGCUGGCACACCAUCUUCAGCAAGGAAAAGAAGCACGAGGAAGCGGAAGCUAGUGAUUGACUGGUCAAAGGAGCUAACAAACGAUGACAUCAGGAAUCAACUGGCUGACUGCUCCGACCUUUUAACCCCAUUGGAUAUAGCCCCGCCCACUCGGCAGCUCAUGGAGUGGAGGGAAAAGGGAGGAGUGAAGCAGCUGUUCUCCAGUUUUUGUCUGCCACUCUUUCACCCUGACUUAAAGCAGCUGUUCCCUUGUGGCACAUCACGUAGGAGACCAGGCUUGGAGGGAGGAGCGAGACAGCAGACUGACCCUGAGGAAAUGAGAGGGCAACCUAGAGAGGCAGUCUGGGAGAACACAGCUCAGCCGGUGCUGGAUGACUGGAGUUUGCUGCAAGAGUCUGUUGUUCCAGAUCAACCUUCUGUCACUCAUCCAGAACCUCCACCUCUGUGGAACACCAGCAGUGAGGAGAGUAGGUUGGGGGUGUCGUAUCCAGAGCCUGUCUCUGAUAUCUCCAUGUUUGUUCAUCCAUCUGGAGGGACGAGGGAAACCCCAGUGACACAGGCACAGUCUGCUCUGAACAGCCAGGAUGUGGAGGAUAAGAGAAUGACCAGUUGGGCGCACGACCUCCUCCUGGCCCUCAAAAGACAAGACUCUUCUCCCAAUGCCGUGUACAGUCUGCGUGCUUUAUGUGAGAGCAGCAAUCGUUCAUAUGUGGCAGCCGUAUUUUUCUGCCUGCUGGUGUUGAGGAAACAACAAAUCCUCAACCUGCACCAGAGCGCCCCAUACAGGGACGUCAUGGCCACACCUGGGCCUCUCUUUUCCUCCCUCUAGAACAGCCAUGAAGCAACGGAGGGAAAACCUUUAGAGACCUUAGAGCUCAUUAAAGGGCUUUGCAGUGUCAUACACGUUCUUGGUUGGAAGCAAAUUUGAUGGAUUUCUGUAAAUAUUUAGACAUUGGGUUAUAAAUUCCCAUA